CCCUAUCCCUAGAGGUGAAUUUAGGAAGUGAUGACAGUGAGCCCAGAGCGUGGCUGAACAGAUUAACGCAGGUCUGGUAGCCAAACAUGGGCGGCCCUCCGCGGGGGCCCGUGGGGUCUAGUUUAAUCGGAGUGUCUCGAGAGGGGAGGAUCCUUAGGGGCCUUUAGCCUCGCGCCCACUGGCUCUCUUAGCCUGGAGAUGGCGGUGCGAGGGUUUCAGUCCCUGGAAAGCGACGCCCUUUCUGGUUCGUGCGACAGUGUCUUGUGAAUGGGAUCAGAAACUGAGGCCGCGCAGGUUCAGCGUCAUCUCCAAAAAAACGCAGCUCCUGCUCUCGGGAAACAAUGACCCCACUUGUCUGACAGUUGAUUACCGCUUCCAAUGUAGGCCGUUGUUGUGGUUUUUAAGUCACCCCUUUCUGGGACCCCGAAAAUUGAUGAGUGUUCUGCCCCAAGGUUUCUCAGUCAAUUCGUGGAAGGGUACUUUUCCUAAACUAAACCGAUUUAUUGUAAUAGUUGGCUCAUUUUGGUUUGAAUUAGAGUUCGAUGUAUGAGACAAUCCUGAACAGGGAAGGUAAGCUCGGUGAAGGUAGGGACUAUGACUUGGUAGUCUUUGUGACCUUUACUCGCAUAACAGGCAGGAUUUUUGUUAGUGUCAGCAACUGGUAAAUGUUUGGUGAGUUGAACCUAGUGUCCUAAAGAAUUUGUUCUAGAACCGGGCGGUGCCUGUGGCUCAAAAGGAGUAGGGCGCCGACCCCAGUAGGAGGUGGUGGGUUCAAACCCAGCCGCGGCCAAAAACUACAAAAGAAAGAAAAAGUGUUCUAGAACCACUAACUCAGUGUGUUGAACUAUUCUAGAACCACUAAACAGACUCUAAUUCUUUUUCUUCGGAAGCACCUUGUGCUAUCUGAGGCCUGGAAACCCACCUGAGGAAACGUAUCUGAGAAAACCCUAUGUCUGCGAUAUCAGCUCCGACACCUAGGUUAUUUAGGGAUGGAGAAUGUUCACCAGUGUUAAGUGUAUUACCGUCAAUUUCUGAGAUGGCUUCAUUGCAAAGGAAAGGGGUGCAGGCAAGGAUCCUCAGCUCUGAAGAAGAGGAGAAACUAAAAAGAGACCAAGGUUUGGUGUCUGAUUUUAAACAGCAAAAACUGGAAAAAGAAGCUCAGAAGAACUGGGACCUUUUUUACAAAAGAAAUAGCACUAAUUUCUUCAAAGAUAGACACUGGACCACCAGAGAGUUUGAGGAGCUAAGAUCAUGUAGGGAGUUUGAAGAUCAAAAGUUAACAGUGCUGGAAGCUGGCUGUGGGGUUGGAAACUGUUUAUUUCCGCUUUUAGAAGAAGAUGUGAAUAUCUUUGCCUAUGCCUGUGAUUUUUCUCCAAGAGCAGUUGAAUAUGUUAAGCAAAAUCCUUUGUAUAACACAGAAAGAUGCAAGGUAUUCCAGUGUGAUCUGACUAAAGAUGACCUCCUGGAUCAUAUACUGCCAGAGUCAGUGGAUGUUGUCAUGUUGAUAUUUGUUCUCUCAGCUAUUCACCCUGAGAAGAUGCACUGUGUCCUACAAAAUGUUUACAAGGUACUAAAACCCGGCAAAAGCGUUUUGUUUCGUGACUAUGGGAUAUAUGAUCAUGCCAUGCUUAGGUUUAAAGCCAGCAGCAAACUUGGAGAAAACUUUUAUGUCAGACAAGAUGGGACCAGAUCAUAUUUUUUUACUGAUGAAUUUCUGGCUCAGCUUUUUACGGACACAGGUUACAAGGAAGUGAUAAACGAGUAUGUGUUUCGAGAAACAGUGAAUAAAAAAGAAGAUUUGUGUGUGCCUAGAGUUUUCCUUCAGAGCAAAUUUCAAAAGCCUCCAAAGAACCCAGCUCCUGUGACCCUGGACCCAGGCCAUGAAUCCUGACUUUUCAUUUUCAUAAGUUUCUUCUUGGAUGCCCACUGUCUCCACUGCUAUUCAACAUAGUAAUGGAAGUCUUAGCCAUCACAAUCAGGCAAGAGAAGGUGAUCAAGGGUAUUCACGUGGGGUCCGAGGAGAUCAAACUCUUCACUCUUCGCAGAUGAUAUGAUCCUAUACCUGGAAAAUCCCAGGGACUCACCUACAUAACUCCUAGAAGUGAUCAAGGAAUACAGCAGCAUCUAAGAAUGCAAAAUCAAUACUUACAAAUCAGUAGCUUUUAUAUAUGCCAACAAUAGUCAAGCUGAAAAUAAAGUCAAGAACUCUGUUCCUUUUACAGUAGUGCCAAAGAAGCUGAUAUAUCUGGAAACUUGCCUAACAAAGGAUGUGAAAGAUAUGCAUAAAGAGAAUUAUGACACUCUGAAAAAAGAAAUAGCUGAAGAUGUUAACAAAUGGAAAAACCAUGCUCAUGGCUGGGAAUAAUCAACAUUGUUAAAAUGUCCAUACUACCCAAGCAAUCUACAGAUUUAAUGCAAUCCCUAUUAGAGCACCAUUGUACUUUAAAGACCUUGAAAAAAUAGUGCUUCAUUUUGUAUGGAAUCAUAAAAAACCUCAAAUAGCCAAUACAUUAUUCAGAAAUAAAAACUAAUCAGGAGGUAUCACAGUAUCAGACUUAAGGCUAUACUGUGAAUCUGUAGUGAUCAGAACAGCAUGGUAUUGGCACAGAACAGAGAACCAAGAGAUGAACCCAGCUACUUAUCAUUUGGUCUUUGAUAAGCCUAUUAAAAACAUUCAGUGGGGGAAAGACUCCCUAUUUAACACAUGGUGCUGGGUGAACUGGCUGGCGACCUGUAGAAGACUGAAGCUGGACCCCCACCUUUCACCAUUAACAAAAAUUAAUUCUCACUGGAUAAAAGAUUUAAACUUAAGACAUGAAACUAUUAAAAAUACUAGAAGAGAGUGCAGGGAAAACACUUGAAGAAAUAGGUCUGGGAGAAUAUUUUAUGAGGGGGACCCUCCAGGCAAUUGAAGCAACACCAAAAAUAUAUUACUGGGAUCUGAUCAAACUAAAAAGCUUCUGCACAGCCAAGAGUACAGUAAGUAAGGCAAACAGACAACCUUCAAAAUGGGAGAAGAUUUUUGCAGGUUAUACUUCUGACAAAGGUCUGAUAACUAGAAUCCAAUUUCUUAUUGAUCAAACUCAUCAAGAAAACAAAUAAUUCUUUGUGGGCAAGUGACUUGAACAGAAACUUCUCUGAAGAAGAUACCUGACCUACAAACACAUGAAAAAAUGCUCAUCAUCUUUAAUCACCAGAGAAAUGCAAAUCAAAACCACUUUGAGAUAUCUAACGCCAGUAAGAUUAGCCCACAUAACAAAAUUCCAAAAGUACAGAUGUUGGCGUGGAUGCAGAGAGAAGGGAACAAUUCUAUACUUCUGGUGGGAACUCAAGCUAAUGAGGCCUUUUUGGAAAGAAGUUUGGAGAAUACUCAAGGAACUAAAAGUAGACCUACGGUUUGAUCCUGUAAUUCCUCUACUAGGUAUAUUAUAUCCAGAUAAUGAAAAAUCAUUUUACAACAAAGACAGUUGGCACCAGAAUGAUUAUUGCAGCCCAAUUCAUAAUUGCCAAAACAUGGAAACAGCCUCAAUGCCCAUCAACCCAUGAAUGUUUUAACAAAUUGUGAUAUAUGUACACCAUGGAAUACUAUGCAGCCUUAAAAAGAUGGAGACUUCACAUCUUUUAUGUUUACCUGGAUGGAGCUGGAACAUACUCUUCUUUUGUAAAGUAUCUCAAGAAUGGGGAAAAAAGUAUCCAGUGUACUUAAUACUACUAUAAAAUCAAUAUAUAAUCACCUAUACAUUCAUACAAAUGGUAAAACAUAACUAUAGUCCAGAAAUUAGGAGGGAAGAGAGGGGAGGGGAGAGGCCAGGAGGAGGGAGAGUAUUUGGGGGGGGACCUCACCUAAUGUGCAUAAUGCAAUGGUACAUUUCAAAACUAUUAAGAAAAAAGUAUAAUUGUCUUACCACAACAAGUAAGUGAGGUGAUAGAUCUGUUAAUCAAUUUGAUGUAAGCAUUUCACAUUGUAUAUGAAAUCAGUACACCGAACCCCAUAAAUGCAUCAAUGUACACAGUUAUGAUUUAAUAAUAAUAAUAAAAAGAACCUACUGUUGCUCUCUGCCUGAUUCUUGAGACCCCUGUAAUUGGGCCAGUUCUUAACGACCCUUUGAUCUAGGAGAGAGGGGAAGGCACUGCCUAUUCUCGCUGCUUCCUAUUCCCUCACCCCAUCUGUGCAGUGCUAUUUCUCUGGGAAUAUAGUGACAUCUACUUUGGAGUGAAAUUUCAGAGUUGAGGGGAGCUUUCAAAUGGACUGUCCCAGUUCCCUGUUGGGAAAUGAGGAAGUGGUAGCUGAAGGUAAAUGAAUCAAGAAACCGCAUAGCUAGUAUUGUGGUGGAGUAUGGGGAAAUUCCUAAGUUGGUCUGCUCAGAAAAGUUGAUCCUGUAUGUCUCUUUCUGCAGAAAGCUGUUCCUGAGAACACUGUCUUGAAUACAUGACUGCUCAUGUGGCAAACCUGAACCCUUCAGCCCCAACCACACCUGGGAAGUCGUCAUAGCAGAAUAGUUUAUGAGGGGGACCCUCUAGGCAAUUGAAGCAAUACCAAAAAUAGAUUACUGGGAUCUGAUCAAACUAAAAAGCUUCUGCAUAGCCAAGAGGACAGUAAGGCAGACAAUAGGCUUAUCAAAGAUCAAAUGACAAUAAGUAGCUGGGUUCAUCUCUUGGUUCUGGCCUCUUUGCCUACUUGCCCUGGCAGUGAAGGCCCAUUAUUGUCUAUGGGGAAUGUAUGUUGUUCUGUAAGCCUGUAUCUUGCUCUUACUCUGUAAACCUACCUUUCUUUUCCUCAAUAAACUUUAUUCUAUACUUGCCUUAAAAAAAAAAAAAAAGUCAUAGCAGUUCUGUACAUUCAGAAUAAAUCUUCCUGGCUCCUGGAGAGAGUGGUAGGCAGCAGGGCUCAGAUAGCAUGCUUGCUGGGUGUCCUGACUCUGCCAUCUGCCCUCAACUUCUUGGGUAGGGUUGAUGGGCGGAGCUAGAGGAACCCCUGUCUGUUACUUUGUAUAUUCUCUUCUCUUCCUUUGGGGGCUGGAAGAUAGCUGUUCCCUCUAAGAACAAAACUGAUGAGUAGUAGUACACAAUUUGUCCUUUGCAAUAUUUUUUUGUUUGUUUGUUUCAGAAAUUAACUUGUAAGGAAGGUGGGUCUAUGUGGAGACACCUGGGCCUUCUCCCAGAGUAAGGGUCAAACCUUGUCCAGGCCCAGCUAAAGGCUACUCACUUAAGUUCAGGGCUAUCUCCACUAAGACCCCCCACCAGAUGAGUCCCACAGCCAGCUUCAGCCCAGAUGCUACCAAGCAUCCCCUCCACAAAAGUCCUUUUCACCUCUGUCUCCAUUGGGUCUGACUGGUACAUUUGGAUUUUAGUCACUAAGCUGGAUAAAGACAGGCUGCUUAAAGUAGAAGAGUGAAGAGCAGUGUAUGAGCAUGAGCUUUUGUCGUCAGAAAUCAUUUGGAAUUUUGGCCCCAUUCCUUAAUCUAUUUGAGUCUCAGAUUCCUUAUUUAUGUAAUGGGCUGCUGACCUAAAGGUGUUCUGAGGAUUAAAGGAAGUGAAUAUAUAUGUAAUAUGUGACACAUAGCAGACCCUCAACAUGCAGGUUGUCAUGUCCAUCAACACUCUCAUUUUUUGUCAACUUU